GUUCUGUGGUGUUCCUGGGGCUGUACCUCGUGUUCGGCUAUGGCGCCUCGCUGCUCUGCAACCUCAUCGGCUUCGUCUACCCCGCAUACGUCUCCAUCAAAGCCAUCGAGAGCUCCAGCAAGGAGGAUGACACCACGUGGCUGACGUACUGGGUGGUGUACGGCGUCUUCAGCGUAGCUGAGUUCUUCUCCGACACCUUCCUCUACUGGUUCCCAUUCUACUACGCUGGGAAGUGCCUGUUCCUGCUGUGGUGCAUGGCCCCCGUGUCCUGGAAUGGGUCGCAGGUGCUGUACCAGAACGUCAUCCGGCCCUGCUUCCUCAGGCACCACCAGACCGAGGACGACGUGCUGGGCAGCCUCAGCACCAAAGCCCUGGAUGCGGCCUCCAGUGUCACCCGAGAAG